AGGUACAGAGAAUUUAAAAAGAUAUAUCCCCAACUAUAAGAGUGCAUUCGGAGAGUCACUUGGGCGAGUUUUGACGAGAGUUUGGGUUCUUCGCCAAUGGGCGAAGCGGGUUCCGAGCAUAUCUUGGAGUACAGGCAAAGUGGCUUGCGGUUACACCAAAAAAAUUCUAGCAUUUUAGCCUAGAACGUGAAAGAUUAAAUUCUAAUCCAGCAGGGAGUGCUGCAUUUCAGAUUCUCUUGAUAUCAAAUGUUGAUUCAGAGCUCUCUUCCUAAUUCUGUGAGGACAAUUUUUUUUCCUACUUCUGACCAUGAAAAAAUCAGGAGAUGAACUUAUUUUGUGAUUGUCCACGUAGUGGUUAAGCUAGGCUGAUGUCUCCAAAUUAUGAUGAAUUCCCUUGGGAUAGCUGUAGAAAAUCCAUUUCUUCUGAGGAGGAAGAAUGCAAAUCAUCUAAUACUGAUGUUGUAGAUUUGUCGAGAAGCUGCUCAGAUUUAUCAACUGUCCACAACAUGUGUCUAAGUUCUACAUCUAAGAGGGAUGGCUAUGUGUACAAGAGAAGGAAGUUGCAUAGGAACUCUAUUGCUAUCCUGACAGAAGAAAACAGAACCACAAAAACAAAAGAAAAUGUUAGUAAUCAUUCUUGCAUGAGUUCUGAAGAUUUCCAGUUGACCUUGCAUAAGGAUGAUCUUGGAUGCACUCCGAUCAUCUCAUUUUGUGGUUGUUCCAGAGACGUAUCGCUUAAUGGAGAUCUAUUGAUUUGUGAACAGCACCAUGUACAGAAGUCCAUAAAUGUACUUAGCUCCCAGAUUGAGUCUGUUCCGAACUCUGGGACCCAUGAUAUAUGUUCUAUUAGAGAAUCUGAAAUGCCUGCAAAAGCUUCUAUUGGUAAUCUUUGCAAACCUGUAUUGGGGCACUACUACAGCAUAAAUGAUAGGUCUUCAUCAUCAAAAUCUAAUACAGAACUUUGCUCGGCUUUCAUGAAGACAGAAGUAGAGGAUCCUGAUGCUGGGGAGUGUUCGUCAUCUGACAUUGCCCUCGUAGAACCAUGGGGAGAAUUCACAUCAGCAAGGGACCUCUGCAUAUCUCUGCUCAAAAGCCAUGGACUCCUUGGAAGUGCAUGGGCUGCCAGUGGAUCUGCUUCUUUAGAAGUCCCGUAUGAUAAUGAUGACAAGUUUUCUCAGACUUGUAAAAUAUGUGGGCUUUUGGAAAACCCAAAGAAGAUGCUAAUUUGUGACCUUUGUGAACAAGCAUAUCAUUUGUCUUGUUGCAACACUAGAGUAAAGAAGCUGCCAGUUGAUGAAUGGUAUUGUCAACCUUGUUUUAGAAAGAAACCAAAGCCGCUGACAGGAAAACCAUUCAAUGCUGAGGGUAAAAUUUCUGGGUAUAGGAAACGGAUGUCUUAUGGAGAUCUGGGUUCUAUAUCAUUCAUGUUGACAGACACUAAGCCAUAUACAUCUGGGGUUCGUAUUGGUAAAGAUUUUCAAGCAGAAGUUCCAGACUGGUGUGGUCCCGUUGCCAAUGAUCAUGAUUAUUUUGAUGCACCCUCUGAAAUAGAUCCUGGUGAAUUUUCUAAUCCAAAUGAGUGGAAUGGUAACAAGACAUACAAAAGAAGUAGCAUUGGUAAUUGGAUUCAAUGUCGGGGGGUGGUUGAUACUGGUGGAACCAAGGAGGAGAUUAUUUGUGGAAAGUGGCGCAGAGCACCUCUUUAUGUAGUUCAAACUGAUGAUUGGGAUUGUUCAUGUUCUGUUCUUUGGGAUCCAGUCCAUGCUGAUUGUGCUGUUCCUCAGGAGCUGGAAACUGAUGAAAUUCUGAAGCAUCUCAAAUAUAUGAAAAUGCUGAGGCCUUGUCCGGCUGAAAAAAACGGAAACCACGUCAAGCCCAAGUAACUGCCCUGAAUUCUAGAUUGAGGAUGGCCAGCGGAUCUAAGCAAGUUUUCAGGCAUCUUACCGUAUCAAACGUCUUGUAUGUUGCAUCUGAGAUAUGUUGAUAAUUGGAGGGUUUUGCACAUCCUUCAAGUCAUCUCUUGUACAUUUCGACGGAGUAAUUCAGAAUGUGGUUAAUACUGGCAUUAAGAUACUAAAAUAUCUUAUUUUGAUUAUCAAGUAACCUGGCAUGGACCACAUUUUUCCAUGCCAUGGUGUUAGAUAUGAAGCAAUGGAAAUAUGAGAUAUACUUUUGAGAGCAAGUCAUUAUGGCUUUGUUUCUUGAGGCAUUUUAUUUUCUCGAACCCUAUACCAUAAUUGGAUUGGUCUGCAAUGCAGUCUUCUGCAGUUUGAGAUUUAAAGAUAUAUCACAUAUGGAAGUUGGCACCUUUUGAUGGCAGCAAUUUCAUCGGCAUGGCAUGGUCUUUCCAAGAACCCAAUGUUGUUGUCAUUUCCAGGUUGCAUGAUUUAAACUGCGCCAUACAGGUUGAUUCCAUGUAUAACAAAUGCCUUGGCAGCAUUAUGGGUGUAAUUCACUAAAGAAUUGGCUUGAAAUUGAUCUUCAAACGGCAGUAGACCGAUCAGUUAUGAUGUAGAUGUUGUGUUGCGCUCAAAGACUGAAGAGAUGUAGUUGUGUGCUUCUAAAUAAAUCAUUUUCUGUAA